UCUAUAUCUCUCUUUCUCUCUGUCUUCCAUACACACACAGACACGUAGUGAGAGUUCUGCAAUGUUGGUCUCUAAGAAGUGGAUUUCCAUCUGUUCAUUGGUGCUCCUUGUCCUGUUCAUUGGAGCCAUAGCAAGAGUACACAUACAUACCAAUGUUCUAAGAGCUGAAGAAACAGAGCAGUUGCAGAGCUCUACUAACUCAACCAUGGCAGAAUCACAGUUGAACGUGACUGAAACAUUAAAUGAACAUACGAUGGAGGACCCAGAAGAGGUUGUAGCCAUGGUUAAGAUGGCAAUCCGAAACAGCACUGAGAGGAGGAGGAAAUUGGGUUACUUCUCAUGUGGAACGGGUAACCCAGUUGAUGACUGCUGGCGGUGCGACCCAGACUGGAACCGCAAUCGAAAGCGCCUAGCUGACUGUGGCAUUGGGUUUGGGCGAAAUGCAAUUGGAGGCCGUGAUGGACAGUUUUACGUUGUAACAGACCCGAAUGACGAUGAUCCAGUGAACCCACGUCCGGGUACCCUCCGUUAUGCAGUCAUCCAGGACCAGCCCCUUUGGAUUAUCUUCAAGCGAGACAUGGUGAUUACUCUCAAACAGGAACUCAUCAUGAACAGUUUCAAAACCAUUGACGCUCGAGGAGUGAAUGUUCAUAUCGCUAACGGAGGUUGCAUCACGAUUCAAUACAUUACGAAUGUAAUAAUUCAUGGACUCCAUAUUCACGAUUGCAAGCCAACUGGAAAUGCUAUGGUGAGAAGCUCGCCGAGUCAUUUCGGGUGGAGAACUAUGGCGGAUGGGGAUGCCAUAUCUAUAUUUGGAUCAAGCCAUGUAUGGAUAGAUCAUAAUUCACUGUCUAGCUGUGCUGAUGGGUUAGUUGACGCUGUGAUGGGUUCGACAGCGAUAACGAUAUCUAACAACCACUUCGCCCACCACAAUGAGGUGAUGUUGUUGGGUCAUAGUGAUGGGUAUACGAAAGACAAGGUGAUGCAAGUGACGAUAGCGUAUAACCAUUUUGGAGAAGGGCUGAUACAGAGAAUGCCGAGGUGUAGGCAUGGAUAUUUCCAUGUGGUGAACAAUGACUAUACACAUUGGGAGAUGUAUGCAAUUGGUGGAAGUGCUGAACCUACUAUAAACAGCCAAGGGAACAGAUAUCUAGCCCCUUCUAACCCUUUUGCAAAGGAGGUGACAAAGAGGGUGGAUACAGGUGGAGCAGGUGGAGAAGAAUGGAAGGAUUGGAAUUGGAGAUCGGAAGGAGAUAUGUUGCUAAAUGGGGCAUAUUUCACUCCGUCUGGGGCAGGAGCAGCAGCCAGCUACUCGAAAGCUUCGAGCUUGGGGGCUAAGUCUUCUUCCAUGGUUGGUGUCAUUACAGCCAGUGCAGGUCCUCUUGGUUGUCGCACUGGCCGUCAGUGUUAGCACCCAUUGACCCACACAACUUCUUCUUAUACAUUUAGAGUCAUCAUCAUCAUCUUAAUUAGGUCUUUAUAUAUAUAUAUAGUAGGCAGGUUAGAGGUUCCAUACCCAAAUCAUCCAUCUUUAGUGUACGUUUUCCUUUUCUCAUGACGAAGACAGGUCGUGUUCUAUUUAUUACACGAAUGUCAAGUCUUCGGUCAUAAUUCAUCACACUCUUCUUACACCAGAGACCUCAUCGGUCUGGUCUGGUUUGGUUUCUUUGGUCGCGCAACCUCCGCCAGUUUCAGUUCUAAUGAGGAGCUGGCGCACAAGCGUUGUUCGAUUUCUUACCAUUUUCUUUGUUUCUUUUAUAAAGUGUUACACCCAUAGAGAAUAGCAUCGAUCUUGAUCAUGUUCCUAGAAGUUGCCUUAGAUAUAUAGGAGUGAAGUGAUUUUCCUUUGUUUUUGUUUGUUCUUUGCUUUUGUAGUUGUGUUUGUUUGUUUGUACUUGUUGAUACACUGCUACAACAGAGUGUGAAUGUUGAACUCAUCAUGCAUAGUCUUUUCAGUUA